UUUGAAAUUCCACUGGAUUUCAGUACAACAGCCAGCAGUACACACUGUUUUCUCCUCUUUCCUUCUUUCAGGUUUUCCCAUCAUAUGAUCCCCGGUCCUCCCGGUCCCCACACAACUGGCAUCCCUCAUCCAGCUAUUGUAACGCCUCAGGUGAAGCAGGAGCAUCCUCACACUGACAGCGACCUAAUGCACGUGAAGCCUCAGCAUGAACAGAGAAAGGAGCAGGAGCCAAAAAGACCUCACAUCAAGAAGCCUCUGAACGCUUUCAUGUUAUACAUGAAAGAAAUGAGAGCGAAUGUGGUGGCUGAGUGUACCCUAAAGGAAAGUGCAGCAAUCAACCAGAUCCUAGGCAGAAGGUGGCACGCCCUCUCCCGUGAAGAGCAGGCUAAAUAUUAUGAAUUAGCACGGAAAGAAAGACAGCUACAUAUGCAGCUUUAUCCGGGCUGGUCUGCAAGAGACAAUUACGGUAAGAAGAAGAAGAGGAAGAGAGAGAAGCUACAGGAAUCUACUUCAGGUGGGCGCCUUGUGCUUUGCGUCAAUGCUCAGCCUUCUGACACGCACCUUGUAAAGUAGUCAGCCUCUUCCUGCCUCUGCUUCCUCUGUGACUAUCAUGUGCGACUCUUUAACUCUGCUUUCCUUCUGGAAAUUCUUUUAAAAGACUUUUCUUUUAAAUGUGAAUGUGUAAAGGUAUAUGUGGAAAGUCUUUCCCAGCCCUGUCACCUGGAAUCCUGGCUGGGAACUGUGGUUGACUUUGUGUGUUAUGUGGGUUUUGUUUUGUUUUUAAUUAUUAUUAUUUGGUUGGUUUUUGCUUUAGUUGUCUGUAUUCUCUUUGCUUUAACACUUCUGCUUUUUUCUAUUUGCAUACUCCUUAAAAAUGUAACUUUAUGAUAAUUAUAUGAUAUGCUACCUUGUAUCCCUUCGAGAGUCUUUUCUGUGAUUGGGUUUUUAAGACUAGAGAACAUGAUAGAGGUUUAUCUUCCUUGUGUAUUGAUUCAAGGCACCAGUGAGGUCCCCAUUUUAUUCCCCUUUUUUCUUCCAUUAAAAAUAAGGUCACCACUUGUACUACACAAAUUAAAAAAUGGCUGGUAUAAGAACCAUAAAAAGUAAAGCAAACAGCUCCACAUGAUAUUGUAAGCUACUGCGUAUUUGGAAUGUACAGAAACCUCUUCUGUAAAAAUUUGUUAAAGACACAAUUUUCUGCAGGUACAGGUCCAAGAAUGACAGCUGCCUACAUCUGAAACAUGGUAAGAACGACUCUCUGGUCCUACUGCUGGCGGUAGCUGUAAACAGAGGCCCUUGCUUGUGAACCUUCUUGCCCACACCGAUUCCCUUCAGCAUCGCUCCUGAAAGAGGAAGGCUCCACCAAAAUGAAAUUAGUGCUUUAAAACUGAUGGUUUUUAUACCGGCUACAUACCUGUAAUACAGUGUGCUUUUUAUCUUGAUUC